AGUACCAGGCGAUCAGGCUGCUGGACUAAGGGCUCAGGCACGCUAGCGCUGGUCUCGCUGUCCGUUGUAGCCUGCCGCAGCGAGAAGAGCCCGCGAGCGCUGUCCCGGCCUGCUGACGAGUUUCGGGGAGCCCUGCCGGGUUUGUUCUGACUCGUCGAGGCCUAGGGAAGGCGCGGAAAGUCCGCCGCAUCUCUGCCUUUGCACCCCCUCCCCAGUUCCGAUCCCGGGGUGCGGCGUGCUCCCCUCGGGGGCGGCUAGUAGGUGGGGCGCCUGGCCUCUGCCCUGCUAACCCUUGGCCGGGGACAGAGUUCCCACCGAGAGCGCCAGCCGGGUUUAAAGGAUUGUGGGCUGCUCUUUUUACCCGUCCUAGGCGCUGGGCGGCUACCGCCCUAGGGUUUUGUUUGUAGAUUAGGGCGUUUGAGGGAGUUUUUGAGACACCUGGAGGUGGUUUGCCCUUUAGGGCUUACCUUUAAAAUAGUUUGGUUAGGAGGGUCCCUCCCGGGAGGAAGGAUGACAGCAGGUAAACCGGGAUGAGCCUAGACCAGAACUGUCGCUUUGUGAGCCUGCAGUCCCGAGGAGCUCACUCCAGGAGCAGCCUUUCGGCUGUCUAGGUGGCUGGAAGUUUGAAUCCUCCCGCUUGUGGACAGUGACUGACUGCGUGUGCUGAGACCUGACUCUGGGACCAAGUGGCGGCGUCAGCCAGUCUGGUGUUGUGUUAGGGUUUCAGCAGUGUCCAGGCUAUCAGUGAUAAGAUAAGGUAUGGAUGAUCCAGGGGACCAGAGCAAUGAGGAUACACCUAAGGCUAUUAAACCCACAAGUAAAGAGUUCAGGAAGACUUGGGGAUUCCGGAGAACAACGAUCGCUAAGCGUGAGGGCACUGGGGACACUGAGGUAGACCCUGCCGAGCAGCAACCACACAGCCUGUCUCUGCGCCGUAGUGGGAGGCAGCCAAAGCGCACUGAGAGAGUAGAAGAGUUCCUGACCACAGUUCGACGCCGAGGGAGGAAGAAUGCGCCUGUUUGUCUUGAGGAUUCUGGUGAGGCAGCAUCCUGUCCAGUCACCGAUGUGGAAAGUGCCUCAGAAGGGAGUGUCGAGAGCAGCUCUGAGAUCAAAAGUGCCCCUGCACGUGGUUCCAAGCAGGGGAAGGAACACCCAGCCUCUUCUGAAAAGGCCAAAGGAGGAGAUGAACAAGGUGACACCUCUGACAGUGACAGUGAUGGGCUCACUUUGAAAGAACUUCAGAAUCGUCUUCGAAGAAAGCGAGAGCAAGAGCCAUCAGAGAGGCCUCUGAAGGGCGUCCUCAGUCGCCUGAGGAAGAAGCGACGAGAAGAGGACCCAGGCGACACAAUGGAGGUCGAGGUGGGAGGAGGUGGCCAUGAUGUGCCACCCUGUAAGCAGGAGUCUGAGGCUGGCGAGGGGCCUGUGAACCAGGCAGCAAAAGAUGACAGAGAGAGUGAGUCAGAGGUGAUAGUGGCUCAGGAACCUAAAGAUGAAGACCCUGGGGAUGUGGGCAAGCCUAAGCCUGAUAGUGAAGUUUACGACCCCAACGCCCUGUACUGCAUUUGCCGCCAGCCUCACAAUAACAGGUUUAUGAUCUGCUGUGACCGCUGUGAGGAAUGGUUCCAUGGUGACUGCGUGGGCAUUUCUGAGGCUCGAGGGCGGCUCUUGGAGAGGAAUGGAGAAGAUUACAUCUGCCCAAACUGCACCAUCCUGCAAGUGCAAGAAGAUACAAGCUCAGAACCAACCGACGAGCAGGAGACUCGAUGCAGAUCUGCAAGUAUGGACGGAACAGACUGCACCAGUAUAGGGACAGUAGAGCAAAAGUGUAGUGAAGACCAGGGGAUCAAGGGUAGAAUUGAGAAAGCUGCAAACCCCAGUGGCAAGAAGAAACUCAAGAUAUUCCAACCUGUCAUAGAAACUCCUGGCGCCGCGAGGUGCAUCGGUCCUGGGUGCUCCAGUGUGGCGCAGCCUGAAUCGGUGUACUGCAGUAAUGACUGCAUUCUCAAACACGCAGCAGCCACUAUGAGAAAUCUAAAUUCAGGUAAAGAACAAAAACCAAAGCCUAAGGAGAAGGUCAGGAUGAAGCCAGAAAAACUCAGUCUUCCAAAAUGUAGUGUGCAGGCAGGGAUUAAAAUCUCCUCUAUACACAAGAGACCAGCUCCAGAGAGAAAAGAAAACGUGAUGAAGAAGGUGAUGGUGACUCCUCCUAGGAGUGACACAGUGGGGAAGGAGGCGGCCUGUGAGAGCAGCACCCCUUCCUGGGCCAGCGACCACAACUACAAUGCAGUGAAGCCCGAGAAUACUGCUGCGCUCUCCCCACCACGGUUCUGUAAAUCCAUGAAGGAGGACAAGAGAGUGGAAGACAGAGCAGUGGGCCCGGCCACUGGCCCAAAGAAAAUACCCCUUCCAGCUUCCUCAAUGGGGAGACCAUCUUCAUCUAGAACUCUUGUUCCAAAGAAGCCGCCUCCUUUUGCAAACGUGGCAGGAGCCAAACCAGCCAUUAAAAAGUCACCUUCAGGCAUCAGGGGCCCCAUCCCCAAGAGGCCCUGGCUCUUACCUCCCCCGUCAGGCAGCACGGCCGCCAGGCAGGCAGGACCAGUGCCUGUUACUGUAGCCACUGCUUCCAAAAAGGCACUCAGCUCUGCUGCUUUGGUGGGAUCCAUGAGAAGGCCAGUGGCAGGUUCUGCCCCUACAGCAGUUCCAGCUACAGGACGCCUCGGGGUCACAGGCUCUGCCCAGUCACAGCCAAAUUCACAAAUUCGGCAAAAUAUAAGACGCUCCUUGAAAGAGAUUUUAUGGAAAAGGGUCAAUGACAGUGAUGAUUUAAUCAUGACAGAAAACGAAGUGGGAAAGAUUGCCCUCCACAUUGAGAAGGAGAUGUUUAAUUUGUUUCAAGUUACAGAUAAUCGCUACAAGAGUAAAUACCGCAGUAUCAUGUUCAACCUCAAGGACCCUAAAAACCAGGGACUCUUCCAUCGAGUUCUGCGUGAGGAAAUUUCUUUGGCAAAACUUGUGAGAAUGAAGCCAGAAGAACUUGUGUCUAAAGAGCUUUCUAUGUGGAAAGAGAGGCCGACAAAAUCUGUAAUUGAGUCCAGAAGUAAACUGCCAAACGAAAGCAAGAAAUCUGCCAUGAAGCCUGAAACUAUUCCUGACAUGGAGGACUCCCCACCUGUGUCAGAUUCGGAUGAGCAGCAGGAAUCAGUACGCACCGCCCCUGAGAAGAACACAGCACCUCUUCUCGAUGUGUUCAGCAGCAUGUUGAAGGACACAACAAGUCAACACCGGGCUCAUCUUUUUGAUCUAAACUGUAAGAUUUGCACAGGUCAGGUUCCAUCAGAAGAUGAACCAGCGCCUAAAAAACAGAAAGUAGCAAUUUCUGCCAAGAAGGAAGACUUAAGACCCAAGCCUGAGAGUUCUCUGCCUGAUGCGGUUCCUCGCUUGCCUGAUGAAGGCUCUGUGGAGAUUCUGCCAGAAAACGCCUCAGAGCCAGACCUAGAAAAUGCCACUGGGCCAGACCCAGACAGGAGGUAUUUCAUUGGACCUCCAGAGGGCAGCCAUCCAGAGCCUUCGCUGACGGAGGGCUGUUCUCCCUGCCCUGCUUCCUGUGGGGCUGGGGUGCUCACCACAGUCACUGUGUCAGGCCGUGACCCCAGGACUGCUGUGAGUGGGCCCUGCACCGUCACAGUCUCUGCUGCAAGCCACUCAGACAGUGCCCACACAGUCGAGGCCAGACCAGACCUGUUGAAGCCUGCUUUGCCCUCUGUGACGCUGCCCAAGUCCAUACUUGCUAAGCCGUCUUCAUCCCCUGACCCAAGAUACUUGUCGGUUCCACCAUCACCAAGUGUCAGUGUCUCAGAGUCACGGUCCCCCCAAGAAGGAGACACGACCCUCUUUUUGUCUCGCCUCAGCACCAUUUGGAAAGGAUUUAUUAACAUGCAGAGUGUAGCCAAAUUUGUCACUAAGGCGUAUCCCGUCUCUGGGUGUUUCGAUUAUCUCAGUGAGGAUUUACCGGAUACAAUUCACAUUGGUGGGAGGAUUGCUCCGAAGACAGUGUGGGACUAUGUUGGCAAGCUCAAGUCUUCUGUGUCCAAGGAGCUCUGUCUGAUUCGCUUUCACCCAGCAACAGAAGAGGAAGAGGUCGCCUACAUUUCUCUCUACUCCUAUUUUAGCAGCCGAGGCCGCUUUGGGGUUGUAGCUAAUAACAACAGGCAUGUCAAGGACCUCUACUUGAUUCCACUGAGUGCUAAGGACCCUGUGCCACCUAAACUCUUGCCCUUUGAGGGACCAGGUCUUGAGUCACCGCGACCAAAUAUAAUCCUUGGGUUAGUCAUCUGUCAGAAAAUAAAGCGUCCUUCAAAUGCUGGAGAGUUGGACAAGACAGAGGAGAAGCGGGCCCGCCUUCAGCAAGAAGAAAUGGAGGUUCCAGUCUGUCCCAAGGUCACAGCAGCCUCCCAGGCCGAGAGGAAGCCCCCCAAGUACCAGCUGUACCCUGCAGACACGGCUGUAGGCACCACGCCCCCUGGGUCUCCUCCUCCCCCGCCCCCCCUGCCUGAGCCUGCAGUGUUGAAGACCCUGCCCUCACUCACACCAGUGGCCACCAGCGGGGUUGCUGCUCCUGCCUCCACAGCCACAGUUACCAUGGCAGCCUCAGCUUCACCUGUCACUUCAUCAGCUUCAAAAACGGCCACCCCCCUGGAACACAUUCUGCAGACUCUCUUUGGAAAGAAGAAAGCAUUUGACCCACGUGCCAAAGACCCUGCUGGACCCACUGUAGCCUCCCAGCAGGACCCCAAAAACAAGGGUGAGGAGGGUGUGUCAGCUGCCCCUUUGUUGGAUCCCAUCGUUCAACAGUUCGGUCAGUUUUCAAAGGAUAAGGCUGUGGAGGAGGAGGAAGAUGACAGGCCCUAUGACCCUGAGGAGGAGUAUGACCCCGAGCGGGCCUUUGGCCCUCCUCUGCCAGAGGCAAGGCUAUGUCAGGAUGUGGACAAGGCUCCGGACAUGGCUGAGAGGGAGGAGGUGGCCUACGACCCCGAAGAUGAGACCAUUUUAGAGGAAGCCAAAGUGACCAUCGAUGACCUGCCCAACAGGAUGUGUGCAGACUUGAGGAGCAGCUCCACCGAGCGGCCUCCAGAGUGUGCCGCAGAUGUCCCAACCCCCUCUUUGGUGGAACAGCAGAAAAUGCUGGAGGAGCUCAACAAACAAAUUGAGGAGCAGAAGAGACAGCUGGAGGAGCAAGAGGAAGCUCUUAGGCAGCAGAGAGCCGCUGUGGGGGUCUCCAUGGCCCACUUCUCUGUGUCGGAUGCACUGAUGUCACCGCCCCCCAAGCCAUCACUGGCCAAGGCAGAGCUGUUCCCCCAGGAGCAGCAAGCACCAGACCAGAAUCAGGGAGCCCCAGGGACAAGCCAAAACUCAGACUGCAGACAGAGUAGAGACCCUAGGCAGGCCAGGCGCCUAGCAGAGAGCAGCGAGAGUGAGCCCCUCUCCAGGCCUCCGGCAGGCAAUGUCUUGGGAGUGCAGGGUACUCUGCCUACCAGGGAGGCACCUGGUGGGGCCCCAGCAGUGCAGGUUCCUGUGGCAGCCCAGGAGUCAAAGCCGUUAAUGCCAGUGCCUUGGGGUUCAGGCGAAAAGACUGCACUGGCACCCAAGCAGGACAGCCAGGGAUGCGAGCAGCCUGGAACCUCUGCUCCGCAGCCCCUAGAGAGCGUGCAUCCCCCCACGGCUGGAGACAACACGGCCCGACCACCUCGGAGGGUGCUGCUGCCCACACCCCCAAGCACUGCCUUUCAGCCUGGCUUCACUCUGCAGAACGAUGUGCAGAAUUUCAAUCCUACUGGAGGAAGAGAGCCUUUCUCAGGUCUGGUAUUUACUUCUCAGGAAAAAUCUCUUUGCCCAUCUCUGUAUGAGGACCCGAGAAACACUCAGUGUGCUGGAAAGAGUGAUAGCCCGGCCACUGAUGCAGAGGGUGACAGAGAGCCACUGUCCAGGCCUGGUGAAGGCACUGCCCUGUACCCACAGGCUGGACAAAAAGGAGGAGCCCCUCAGUCCCAGUUUCCAGGCCAGCGUGAACCAGUUCCUCGUUCCUUCGGUGUGUCUGGACUUCAUGGCCCCAAUUUUCCAGGACCUAGGGGACCGGUCCCUUCAUUUCCAGAAGAUAAUGGGGUUCCUAACAACGAUGGGCCAAGAGCACCUCCACCCACCAGAUUUGGGGCCCCCAAGGCACCCAUCCCUUCCUUAUUUCUGGGGCAACAUGGACCGCCAUAUGGGGACAAUAGGGGGCCCUCACCCUCUUACCUUGGGCCCAGAGGAGGAACACCAACCCAAUUUGAAGAACACAAAGACCCCCAUGGGGAGAAAAGGGAAUUCCAGGACACCCUGUACAGCGAUAUGACAGGGGCCCCUGCUCAGUGUGAAGGGCCAGAGCAGGCUCAGUUCAUGGGGAGCAGGGGUGCUGCACCUUUCCAGUUUGGAGGCCAAAGACGGCCUCUCCUGACUCAGCUGAAAGGUGCCCGAGGAGGACCCCCACCUGCUCAGUUUGGUGGCCAGAGAGGGCCGCCCCCUGGCCAUUUUGUGGGCCCUCGGGGGCCCCAUCCCAGUCAAUUUGAUGGACCCAGAGGCCAGGCCCCAGGUUUCAUGCCAGGCCCCCGGGGCCUUCAGCCUCAGCAGUUUGAAGAGCAGAGGGUAAACUCACCACCUAGGUUUGCAGGUCCGAGGACACCCGCACCCAUGCCAUAUGGGGGACCAAGGGUCUCUGCACCUUUUUCUGAGAAAAAUGAGCAGACACCUUCCCGAUUUCACUUUCCAGGCCCAUCCCCACAGGCAAUGAAGCCGUCCCCCAGGCCCCUUCUGGAGCUCCCUAGCCACCCCCCACAGCACCGGAAGGACCGAUGGGAUGAGCCUGGUCCAGCCACAGCUCUGCCUUCCAGCGCUUCGUCUGGACAGGGCCCUGAGACCGACGGACAGUGGCCCAUGGCGGCUGACUUCCGAGAGGGCAAGGGCCACGAGUACAGGAAUCAGACUUUCGAAGGGCGGCAGAGAGACCGGUUUGAAGCUGGGCCCAAAGAGAAGUCGCUGGAGGAGCCAGAAGCCCAGGGGCCUGAGAGUCGGCAGGUCCGGGCAUUUGAGGACAGGAGGCGGGACAGAGACCGAGGCAGGAACUGGAGUCGGGAGAGAGACUGGGAGAGGAGCAGGGAGUGGGAUAGACACAGAGAGAAGGACUGCAGCCGGGAGUGGGACAAGAGCAGGGACAAAGAGCGGCAGGUAGAUCGGACCAAGGAGUGGGACCGAAGCCGGGAGAGAAGCAGAAAUCGGGAUCGGGACAGAAGGCGGGACCGGGAGAGGUCCAGGAGUCGGGACCGGGACCGGGACCGAGACCGAGACCGAGACCGAGAGAGGGCCCGGGACAGAGAGCGAGGCCGUGAACGCAAGGACCGAAGCAAGAGCAAAGAGAGUACGCGGGACCUGAAGCCGGAGGCCACAAGGGCCUCGGAUUCAGGCAGCGCCUCUGCCCAGGCCUAGAAGCCGCGUGCCUGGCCGUGGUGUCAGACGUGCGGAGAACGGCUUCAUGGUGGCCGGCCUCAUUGAUACGUGCAGCCUGGCAGGGAUGCUUUUAAAAAGCCUACUUUGUAAAAUAUUUCACAAAGAGCUUUUGAAAUAGCCCUGAUGAACUUAGAUGCUGGAAAGCAUAUUCUGGACUUCAAAAGUUACUGUAAUUUUGUAUAUACUGAUUUCUUACAAAAUUUCACAUCUUUAUCUGAUGCUUUUUAAAAAAAAACAAAAAAAACUUCAGAACUUAGUAUUUCCAUUUAAAAUUACAGAAAUGGGAAAAUACCUACAGAAGCAUAUUGCUUUUUCAGAUUAUAGUUAUCCUUUCCAGUAACUGACUGUUGUAAGUUUUAAGUGCGUUUCGGGGGACUCCGAGCCGAGCCUUCGCUAGCACCUCCUCCGCCCCGCUGUCCGGAGCUGCCCCAGGGCUGGCCUGGCCGGCCGGCGGCAACACCAGCGGGUGAGCUCAGAUGCGCGCUGCGGCUGUGCAGGACAGUCUGAGUAGCCCUCCCGCAGUGGCAGGAAACCUGGAAGCUACGGUUCGCCUUUGCUUCGUCAUGAAGAAAUUUAGGUGUAAAUUUCAAUCCAGAGACAAAAGUACUUUUCUUAGUUUUGAAUUUUUUCAAAAACAGUUCAAAGCAGCACCUAGCCUAGCAGAUAUCGUUGCAUUUGAAAUAAUUUAUUGCGACAUGUUUCAAUUUGACCAGCUUAGAGAGCGCGCGAGUGUACUUCAGGAGGGCGGGGCCCCUGCCGCGAGCAGCCCCCCAAGAUCCUGGACGCGCGCUCUGGGCGGCUGCCCCGCGCAGGGGUCGGUUCGAGUUUGCCCCUGGAGUGGAGGCACACUUGCACAGAGUUGAGCAGGACAAGAGUGAUUUAUUCGGAAAUGACAAAAUAGGUUCUCACUGAUGCGCGGUGCUAUGCCGGUCGUCUUGUGUUUUCGGGUACUUCUGAUGUGGAAUAGAGAAAGCCUGGUUAACUUAUUGGACUGUACAAAUACAAUUUGAUAAUUCUUUUUAUAUUUUCAUAAACUUAAUUUUGCAGAUAUAAAAUUAUAGAGAGGUUCAUUUGUUCUUGGAGUCUUUUAUUCCAUUAUAUUGUACAUCACUACAGAUUUUUCACUUUAUAGCACAGAGUUUUGAGUUGAGAAAACCUUGAAAAAUUAGAAAUUUGGGGUGUUUGGUGUUAGAAACCAAGCAUUGGUAGGUUAAGCUACAUUAAAGUCCAACAUCUAACGUGAUGGAAAGGGUUUUUUUAAAAGUUAAAAUGCAAACUUUUCUAAUUUAAAUAUACAAAUGUAAAAAUCAAGUGUUUCUUUGGGUUACUUGAUAGGAAUUUCUGUAAAUUGUUAUUUUGUAUUGCAGAGUGUUAUAUCACUGUACAUUAAGACACGGGGCUUCAUAAAUUUUGUUACUUGAAGCAGAAUAAAUAUCUACAGAGA